GAACCUUCUUUCCGCCGCCGGAUGAAAUGACGGACAGUGUUGUCCGACGGACCAGCAGCAUCCGCCGGAGUUGUCAAUACAGAACACAUGUGUUCAACCGAUGAUCAAACUUCGCACAUACAACUAAAACAUGCCGAAGGCGGGGAAAGGUAAACCAACUCAGAAGGAGAAGGUGUGUCAUCCCUAUAGCAGGAAAGCUGCUUACCUGGCCAGCCAGGAGAUACGUCUGGGAAAGAAGGAGAGACAAAAGAGUGAGAAGGCGACUCGUCUCAACAGCAUUGGUGACAGGCUGCAGUGGUUUCAGAGCCAGCUGGACUCUGAGAAGACAGAGUUCACCAAACAGGACGCCUGUCACAUCAUAGAGAGGUCAGUACCCGUGUCUAUAUUCACCAACCAGGACGCCUGUCACAUCAUAGAGAGGUCAGUACCCGUGUCUAUAUUCACCAACCAGGACGCCUGUCACAUCAUAGAGAGGUCAGUACCCGUGUCUAUAUUCACCAACCAGGACGCCUGUCACAUCAUAGUGAGGUCAGUACCCGUGUCUAUAUUCACCAACCAGGACGCCUGUCACAUAGAGAGGUCAGUACCCGUGUCUAUAUUCACCAACCAGGACGCCUGUCACAUAGAGAGGUCAGUACCCGUGUCUAUAUUCACCAACCAGGACGCCUGUCACAUAGAGAGGUCAGUACCCGUGUCUAUAUUCACCAACCAGGACGCCUGUCACAUAGAGAGGUCAGUACCCGUGUCUAUAUUCACCAACCAGGACGCCUGUCACAUAGAGAGGUCAGUACCCGUGUCUAUAUUCACCAACCAGGACGCCUGUCACAUAGAGAGGUCAGUACCCGUGUCUAUAUUCUCCAACCAGGACGCCUGUCACAUAGAGAGGUCAGUACCCGUGUCUAUAUUCACCAACCAGGACGCCUGUCACAUAGAGAGGUCAGUACCCGUGUCUAUAUUCACCAACCAGGACGCCUGUCACAUAGAGAGGUCAGUACCCGUGUCUAUAUUCACCAACCAGGACGCCUGUCACAUAGAGAGGUCAGUACCCGUGUCUAUAUUCACCAACCAGGACGCCUGUCACAUAGAGAGGUCAGUACCCGUGUCUAUAUUCACCAACCAGGACGCCUGUCACAUCAUAGAGAGGUCAGUACCCGUGUCUAUAUUCACCAACCAGGACGCCUGUCACAUAGAGAGGUCAGUACCCGUGUCUAUAUUCACCAACCAGGACGCCUGUCACAUCAUAGUGAGGUCAGUACCCGUGUCUAUAUUCACCAACCAGGACGCCUGUCACAUAGAGAGGUCAGUACCCGUGUCUAUAUUCACCAACCAGGACGCCUGUCACAUAGAGAGGUCAGUACCCGUGUCUAUAUUCACCAACCAGGACGCCUGUCACAUCAUAGAGAGGUCAGUACCCGUGUCUAUAUUCACCAACCAGGACGCCUGUCACAUAGAGAGGUCAGUACCCGUGUCUAUAUUCACCAACCAGGACGCCUGUCACAUCAUAGAGAGGUCAGUACCCGUGUCUAUAUUCACCAACCAGGACGCCUGUCACAUCAUAGAGAGGUCAGUACCCGUGUCUAUAUUCACCAACCAGGACGCCUGUCACAUAGAGAGGUCAGUACCCGUGUCUAUAUUCACCAACCAGGACGCCUGUCACACAGAGAGGUCAGUACCCGUGUCUAUAUUCACCAACCAGGACGCCUGUCACAUCAUAGAGAGGUCAGUACCCGUGUCUAUAUUCACCAACCAGGACGCCUGUCACAUCAUAGAGAGGUCAGUACCCGUGUCUAUAUUCACCAACCAGGACGCCUGUCACAUAGAGAGGUCAGUACCCGUGUCUAUAUUCACCAACCAGGACGCCUGUCACAUAGAGAGGUCAGUACCCGUGUCUAUAUUCACCAACCAGGACGCCUGUCACAUAGAGAGGUCAGUACCCGUGUCUAUAUUCACCAACCAGGACGCCUGUCACAUAGAGAGGUCAGUACCCGUGUCUAUAUUCACCAACCAGGACGCCUGUCACAAAGCAGUUGGCUAGGUACUGCUCUGUUUCAGCUGUUGUGGGACUAGGGCAAAGCAGUUGGCUAGGUACUGCUCUGUUUCAGCUGUUGUGGGACUAGGGCAAAGCAGUUGGCUAGGUACUGCUCUGUUUCAGCUGUUGUGGGACUAGGGCAAAGCAGUUGGCUAGGUACUGCUCUGUUCAGCUGUUGUGGGACUAGGGCAAAGCAGGUGGCUAGGUACUGCUCUGUUCAGCUGUUGUGGGACUAGGGCAAAGCAGGUGGCUAGGUACUGCUCUGUUUCAGCUGUUGUGGGACUAGGACAAAGCAGGUGGCUAGGUACUGCUCUGUUUCAGCUGUUGUGGGACUAGGGCAAAGCAGUUGGCUAGGUACUGCUCUGUUUCAGCUGUUGUGGGACUAGGGCAAAGCAGUUGGCUAGGUACUGCUCUGUUUCAGCUGUUGUGGGACUAGGGCAAAGCAGGUGGCUAGGUACUGCUCUGUUCAGCUGUUGUGGGACUAGGGCAAAGCAGUUGGCUAGGUACUGCUCUGUUUCAGCU